AUGGCUGACUCCAAGCCAACGGUCUACGUCUUGGACCCCUACCAUCCAGACGCCAUCGCAGUGCUGCAGCAAUCAUCCGACAUCAAUGUUGUCCUCCCAACAGAUCCAAAAAAGGUCCAAUAUGUUGAGAACGCCAAUGCAGUUAUGCUCCGCAGCGAGACUCGUCUUGGUGCAGAUGAACUAUCCAAAUGCAAGAAGCUGAAAUACAUCGUCAAGCAAGGCGUUGGCGUCGACAACAUCGAUCUCAAAGCAGCUGCUACAACGGGUAUCAAAGUGUACAACACUCCCGGCUUGAAUGGAGAAGCAGUUGCUGAGCUUACACUGGCUUUGGCACUGACUAUUUCUCGGCGUGUCGCUGAGAUUGAUCGUCGAACGAGAAAUGGGGAGGUUAUCGUGAGGAGUCAGACACUAGGGAAGAGCUUGUUCAAGAAGACCUUGGGAGUUAUUGGGAUGGGGAACAUUGGACUCGCUGUUGCCCAGAAAUGGGUUGGAGCUAUGGAGGGCAGUAUCGUCGCUUAUGAUCCAUUUUCAGAUGGGAAACAGUGGCUCAGCACCUUCGGGGAGAGCAGGUUUCGCCAGGUAUCAAAGCUACAUGAUCUUUUGAGCGCAUCGGAUGUCGUAACUCUUCAUCUACCUCUUACCAAAGACACCGAGAACAUCAUCUCAACCGCAGAGUUUGCCGCUAUGAGAGAUGGUGCAAUUCUGCUCAAUUGCGCUCGGGGAGGCAUCGUUGACGAGGAUGCAUUGUUGACUUCACUGAAAAGCGGAAAGUUAUUUGGCGCUGGUCUUGAUGCCAUGGUGGUUGAGCCUCCGACUAUUGAGGCAUACCCAGAGUUGCUGGCGUUGCCGAACGUUGUCUUGACGCCGCAUGUUGGUGCUUCGACGGUUGAGAAUCAGAGUCAAAGUGGGAUGGCGGUUGCGGAUAUUACGAUGGCGCUGUUGAGGGGAGAGGAGAAGGGGAAUAGAGUAGCUUAG